AUGUCCAUGAUACGAUCCCUUGCGAGCCUCACCGCGUUCACCGCCCUACUUGCACAGGCCUGGGCCGCCUCUUGUCCAGGUUACAAGGUGGUCUCUUCCAGUAGCAAUGGAAGCGUCCUCACGGCGAGCCUGCACCUCGCCGGCCCGCCGUGCGAUGUGUACGGCAAGGACCUGCCCCGGCUCAAACUCGAGGUCGAGUACCAAACCAAGUCUCGCCUUCACGUCAAGAUCUACGACGAGGACGAGGACGUCUUCCAGGUCCCGGAGGACCUCCUCGGCGCGCCCCCCGGCGACGGCUCCGCCAACGCGGCCACCUCGGACCUUGUCUUCACCUACAUCGCGUCGCCCUUCUCCUUCCGCAUCACGCGCCGGUCCUCAGGCGAGGUUCUCUUCGACACCGCCGGCCAGGCACUCAUCUUCGAGUCGCAGUACCUAUACCUACGCACCGCUCUACCCGCGGACCCGACCAUCUACGGCCUCGGGGAGAGCGCGGACCCGCUGCGGCACUCGACCGGCUACUCGCACGCGAUCUGGAACUCGGGGCAGGCCUUCAUGCCGCGCGGCACCAACCUCUACGGCUCCUACCCCUUGUACUUUGACCACCGGGGCGCUCGCGGCACGCACGCCGUGUUCCUGCGCAACAUUAACGCCAUGCGCGUCAACAUCGCCCAGGACGACCGGGGAGGCGCGUACUUGGAGUACAACGUGGUCGGAGGCGUGCUGGACCUGUACUUCCUAGCCGGUCCGGAGCCGAAAGCGCUGUCGACGCAGGUGGCGGGCGUGAUCGGGCGGCCGGCGCUGAUGCCGUACUGGGCGCUCGGCUUCCACCAGUGCAAGUACGGCUACAAGUCGAUCGCGGAGACGGCAGCAGUCGUCGACAGCUACGGCGCGGCGCGGAUACCGCUGGAGGCGAUGUGGAACGACAUCGACUACAUGGACGGCCGGGCGACCUUCUCGCUGGACCCGGUCCGCUACCCGCUGAAGGGGGUGCGGGAGCUGGUGGACCGGCUGCACGGCGCGGGCCAGCGGUACGUCAUGAUGGUCGACCCGGCGGUGGCGCGGCGCGACUACAAGCCGUACAACGACGGCGUGGCCAUGGACGCGCUGGUGAAAGGGGAGAACGGGAGCGGCGUGUGGACGGGCGUGGUCUGGGCCGGGCCGAGCGCGUUCCCGGACUGGUUCUCGCCCAACGUGCAGGGGUUUUGGGACGCGCAGUUUGACUCCUUCUUCAACAGGGAUACGGGCGUGGAUAUUGACGGGCUGUGGAUCGACAUGAACGAGCCGGCCAACUUUUGCGACCUUCCGUGCGAUGCCAAGAAGUUUGCGGUGGCAGCAUCGGCGGCGGCGGCGGCGACGGCGGCGGCGACGGCGACGGCGGUUGAGAAACGUACGCAGAAGGAGCAGGAUCGGCCUCGGGAACCGCCACAUAUCAAGGGGAAGCGCAUGGGCUUGCCGGGCCGGGAUCUGCUGACGCCCAAGUACGACAUCAAGCCCUUCUUCAACGGGCUGAGCGGGCAGAGCAUGCCGACGAAUCUGCGGCACGCAAACGGCCUGUCCGAGUAUGAUGUGCACAACCUGUUUGGGAGCAUGAUGGGCAAAGUCAGUCGCCAGACUCUGCUCCGACGUCGGCCGGGAGGGGGCGGGCCGAAGAAGCUGACAGGUUUCCAGCAUUACCCGCUCUUCGUUGAUUGGCGAUGGGAGCCGAACCGGGCAGCCCCUAACACCCAUCACAGCCACUGGUUCGGCGACAACCGCUCCAACGACGACGACUACCGCCUCCAGGUCGUGCAGAUGAUCCAGCACGUCGCCAUGUACCAGACGCCCAUGGUCGGCUCCGACGUCUGCGGCUUCAACUUCGCCACCAACCCGAUCCUCUGCCAGCGCUGGGUCACCCUCGGCGCCUGGAACCCGUUCUUCCGCAACCACGCCGACAUCUCCGCGCCGCACCAGGAGUUCUACCUCUGGCCCGAGGUCGCCGCCGCCGCGCGCAAGGCCAUCGACCUCCGCUACCGCCUGCUCGACUACAUGUACACGGCGCUGCACGCGCAGCACGCAACCGGCCUGCCCAUGCUGUCGCCGCUGGCGUGGCAGUACCCGGCCGACCCGGCCACCGCGGCGAUCGAUCUGCAGUUCUUCCUCGGCGAGGCCUUCAUGGUCAGUCCCGUGACGACGCCCAACGACACGUCGGUGACGUUUUACAUGCCGGAUGACAUAUUCUAUGAGCUGGACACGGGGCGCAGGGUAGAGGGCGCCGGGAAAAAGGUCACGAGGAACGAUGUCGAGUAUGAUGAGAUCCCGGUGCACGUUCGCGGGGGCAGCGUGGUGCCGAUGCGCGUGGAGGGCGCCAACACGACAACGAUGCUACGGCGCAAGCCGUUUGAGCUGCUGAUCGCACCGGACAGGGACGGCAGGGCGCGAGGGACCUUGUAUCUGGACGACGGGGAGUCGGUCGACCCGACCGAGACCAGCUUGAUCGAGUUUGUGUACGAAAACGGCACGCUGGUCUCCUCGGGCACGUUCGGGUACGACCCGGGCGUCGAGGUCCGCCGGGUGAGACUCUGGGAGGCGCCGCCGUUGGAUUGGGAAUGGUUUAAUAGGACGCAGAAAGCUCUGGUCAAGAGCGUCCGCUUGCCGCUGACGAGGAGCUUUUCUCUUGAUUUAACGGCCCGCUGGUAG